AUGACUGAACAAAGCCCAACGAAGUCCAGCAUAAAAACUGAAAAAAAUCUUAACGUUACCAUGAUGGCCGUCGAGUGGCAUGGAACAACUGAUGUUCGCGUUAAUAUGAAACGACCAAGACCUGUGAUUACUAAACCGACUGAUACCAUCGUUCGUAUUACCGCAACGACAAUCUGCGGAUCUGAUCUUCACCUGUAUCAUAAAGGAAUUCCUCGCGUGGCGAAAGGUGACGUUAUGGGUUACGAAGGAAUGGGCAUAAUUCAUGAAGUUGGCAGACAGGUAUCAAAAUAUAAUGUUGGCGAUCGAGUCGUUAUCUCAUCCGUAAUUGCUUGUGGGUCUUGCGGUUCUUGCAGAAGAGGGUUGUUUAGCUGUUGUGAUAUUUUUAACCCAAAUGAUUCCGGUGAGAGUGCAGAAAAAUUUCAUGGUACACAAGCUGAAUACGUUCGAGUCCCUUUCGCUGACAUUAAUCUUAUUCAUAUCUCUGAUGAAGAAAGUCAAAUUUUAAUGGAGAAAGCGCUUUUACUGUCUUCUGUGGCUUGUAAAGGAUUGCAUGCAUGCGAAAUGAGUAAAGUUCUUAAAGGAGACAUUGUCGGAAUUUGGGGUGCCGGUCCAGUGGGAAUAAUGUGUGCGGCAUGGGCAAAAUAUCUUGGAGCUUCUCGCGUAAUUGUAAUCGAUUCUGUUCCGAGCCGCCUACAAGUUGCUCUUAAAAUUGAAGGAAUUGAAAUAAUUAAUUGUAAAGAAGAUAAAGACGUCGUUGGAAAGAUAAAAGUUUCCGUACCUGGAGGUUUGGAUAUUGCUAUUGAUGCUGUGGGAAAUAAUUAUGUUACAAAAUCUUUUAUCGGCAAGCUUGAGAAGGCUUUGUUUGCUGAUACUGAAAGUUGUGAUGCACUUGAUGAAGCUAUUUUGUGCACGAAGAGAGGUGGCAGUAUUAGCUUGAUCGGUGAUUACAACACGUUUACUAACCAUUUUAGAAUUGAUGCUAUCAUGGACAAGUCACUUUCCAUUCGAGGAGGCAAAUCUCACACUCCGAAAGCUUACAAAAAAUUGGAUAAAAAAGAAGAGGGAAUAAUCAAAAUCUUUCUAAUUGUCGAUGAAAAGGAAUUUCCUCAUCUCAUUACCAGUUUUGCGAGUGGAAGUAGAACUAGUACAGUUGCCGAAACUGCGAGUAAAAGUAAAACCGAUGAAGUUGUUGAAACUGUGAGUGAAACUAGUCCCCGUGAAGUUUCUGAAUCUGUGAGUGAUGUGAAGAUCGUUAUGUCCGUUCCUAACUUAUCUACUGAACCCAUUGAUCGUGUAUCAAGUGAACCUGUUCGUCGUUCAUCUUUUGAAAGCAAUGGCUUAGUUCAAGAUACUAGUUCUGCGAAAUCUCUCAGCGAUACUGGGUGUAAAAAGGAAGAAAUUCAUGGAACGUCACAAAGUACUAAAAACGACAUUAAUUAUAAUGAGUUUCAUGAAAACGGAUCGCAUAAAAAAGACGAAGUUAAAAACGACUAG